AGCUAUAAACGCAUAUGUCAUGUUUCACGCUAGUUGGUCAGCGGCACGUCAGCGGUGGUCACACGCUGCUGGUUAACAUAGGUUUGACGGCGGUAAAGGAGUUGAUGUUUAUGAUGACAACCUCAUCGAGCUUGAGCAGUCUUCUCUUGCUGAGCCAAUUACACAGCACGCUAGUGGUGCCGGGCAUGAGGUAGAGGGCCGCCACUGCUGUCUCUGCGGGUGGCCACUGCCUCGGCGUACGGGACUACUUGCUGGGGGCGCUUGUUCGUGUUGGUUCUACUUGGCACCUCCCUCCUUUCUCUCCUCCUGCGGGGUUGCACCUCCUAGGACAAUCUCGGCUACCAGCUGCUGCUGCGACAUGGCUGGAAAUCCGGACAGGGCCUGGGCAAGAAUGAGCAAGGUCGCACCGAUCCCUUGCCAAUCAUCCUCAAGGAAGACAUCAUGGGAUUUGGACGAAUGGAGAUGGAAAUGGACUAUGCAGAGGAGACAACAGAGAAAAGGAGAACACUGGAGAUUGAGAAGGAAGAGACAGAGGAGCUCAAACUUAAGUACAAGGCCGUUCAAGAGAAAGAAAAGGUAGUUCAGGAGGCCUUGGCAAGCCUGAAGGCCAAUUUCUACUGCGACCUUUGUGACAAACAGUACACAAAGCAUCAGGAGUUUGACAACCACAUCAACUCUUAUGACCAUGCUCACAAACAGAGACUGAAGGAGCUCAAGCAGCGGGAGUUUGGACGCAAUGUGCUGUCAAAGGUGAAACGUGAGGACAAGGGCCGUGAGAAGGAGCAGCGGCGUCUUCAGCAUUUGGCAGAGCUGAGGGCUCAUGUGGCAGUGAUGCGAGGACCCACUGAAAUGGGAACUGGAGAAAAGUUCCGAGGACGUUUCCAGCAAGUGGACUAUGUAGAUGAAACAAAGCCACAAGCAUCAUCACAGUCUCCCACUCUCUAUGACAGUGACGAAUACCAGCAGGACACAAAUGAAUGCCAGCAGGACAUCAAUAAAUGCCAGCAAGACACCAAUGAACUCGAGCAAGACAUUGAUGAAUGCCAGCAAGACAUUGAUGAAUGCCAGCAAGAUGUUGAUCAAAGACAGCAGCAAGACGAUCAAAGACAGCAGGAAGCCGAUGAUAGCCAGGACGCUGAUGAAAGCCAGGAUGCUGGUGAAAGCCAGGAUGCUGAUGAAAGCCAGCAGGACUCCAACAAUGCUAGUUCGAGUGAUGAUGAUGAAAUCGAUGAAAAAAAGGAACAGGACCUUGACAGCCAAGCUCAGAGUCCACCUGGAAGUGUGCCAGAAGAAGAACAAGAAGAAGAAGAAGCAAUCAUCCCACAAACAACAUUUUUUGCUGAUUCGAACAUAUUCGAACUGCCACCACUGCCUGGUGAGAUUCCUCUUCCUACCGACAUUCCACCUCCCCCACUCCCACCUCCAUCUUUAGGCCUUACUAUCUUAGACCCUGGUCAAGAGAAGUACUCGCCAGAAGAGCCCACACCUGCCCUUCCAGAGCCUGCUCUGCCCGAGUUGCCACAACCUACGGUGCUCAACUUGCCACAGCCUUCAGUGUCCGAGCUGCCGCAGCCCUUGGUGUGUGAGCUGCCUCCACCUCCUACCCCACCUACAGAGCCACUCUUGGCUGCACCAGAGCCACCCCUCAUCGAGGAGUCCAAGUCUAAGCAGCUUAUUGGCAAAGCAUUGGCAAAGAAGCGACUCAUCGCAUUCUCUUUGACUUCAAACCAGCCCCUGCAGAAAGCCCUUGAAGUGAAGAGGGCAGCUACUACAGUGACAAAGCCAGUCAAGGGUGCCUUGUCAUUCAGCUUUGCUCGGAAAAACAUUGGAAAAGUGGCCCCCAUUUCAAGUGCAUUGUUCAAGGAAGACGAUGACCAGCCUGAUGAGGAAAGCCCAGAAGUGACUGCUGCAGCUGCAACAAGUGAAGAGGUACAGCCGAGUGCUGCUGAGAGUAAAAGUGCAGAAGAACCUGAGAAAAACGAGAAGCCAUCUACCGAACCUGAGCAGCAGGAAGACAGUAACUUUUACUUUGUGGCCCCUCCCAAGAGGUUUAAGGUGAAGCCAAAGUUCGAAUUCGUAAAGUUUUUGAAGAGUGAUAAGUUUGAGCUCAAGCUUCCUGAUGAUGCAGUGGAAGGAGUUCCAGAGAAAAAAAUUAAAAAUGAGUCACAGGAAGGAACUAAGAAACCAGUUGAUGCCACAGGUAAUAAAGCAGAUUCUGAAGAAAGUCGUGGAGAUGCGAAGAAAAAGCAGCAACCUUCUAAAGUUAGUGACAAGAGUGAAGGGUCUGCCAAAAGCAAGACAGAGUCUCUUGAUGUCUCAUCUCGAAAUGGCAGCAAGAAAAAAGAGAGUGCAACUAGUGGUGCCAAAACAGAAAAGAAGGAUCGUGGCAGAAGUCCUCGCAGCGGUAAGCACUCCAGAGACAGGAAAAGUCGUUCCCGUGAACGUAAAAGGAGUCGUUCAAAAGACAAGAAACGAAGCCAUUCAAGGGAGCGAAGGAGAAGUCGAUCCAGGGAUCGACGAAGGGGGCGAUCACGUGAGCGCCACCGCAGCCGUUCUCCACGAGAUAAAAAGAGGAGCAGAUCCAAGGAUGGAAAGCGAAGUCGCUCUAGAGACAAAAAGGGAAGCCAUGCCAAGGACACAAGAAGGAGCAGGUCGAGGGAGCGGCGGAGGAGCAAGUCCAAGGAUAGAGGCAAAGACAGAGCCGAUCAUAAAAGUGGGAAGGAAGCCAAGAGGCGGUCACCUAGCAGGGAACGAAUAAGUCACUCAAAGGGCCGUGCAAAGAGCAAUGCUGACAGUCAGAAGAAAAAGGAAAAGUCUGCAGAUGACAAGAAAAGUAAAGAAAAGCAUGCCACUACUAAUGACCAUAAGAAGGAGGAAGCAGUACGGAUGGAAACAGCAAGUGCAGAGCCACAGGCUUCAAGUCCAGAUGCACCCCAGGAUGAUGGCACUACACAAGCAGUGAAUGGUGAGGAAUCUACUGGUGAUCAACAGGACGAAGAAGAAGAGAAGGCUGCUAGAGGGCCCAGACGUUCGCCAGAAACCGCUUGCAAGCAAGACAAGAAGCAAGCUUCUGAUUUGAGCACUUUGCAAACUGCAUGCCAUAAAAAACCUGAUGAAGCAGGUGCGUGCUUGGAAAGAAAUGAGCCAGUGUUAAACUUGAUGUGCGAGGACAGCCCACUUGAUACUCUUGGAGAAGCAGACAGUUGUGACAGUGCAGACAUGUUCCAGCGUUCACCAUGUAAGCUCUCAACAUUAUCCACUGAGGAGGUGCCACUUUGUGAUGACAAGGCUGAGACUCAUGGUGACGAGAUUACUGAGCAACACAUUUUUUUAACAACCUGCUCUGUCAAGUUGGAUGAAAGUGACAGUGGGAGCAAACUUUGCCAGAUGCCGAAAUCUGAUUCCCCGUCACAGAUAUGCAUUGACAAACCAUUGCCUGAAGAAGCACAGGAAACUCGUGAAGACACAGGAGCAAUUGGUCAAAAACAACUUGAAAGCCAAACUGAGAACCUUAAGGAAGCUAGUGAUGACUCUGAAAGUUGUGAUGAUCCCGUCAAGGCACAGCAGAAGUUCUUAGAAGAAAUAGAAGCUACCAAGAAGAGCGCCCUUGUGACAGUACAGAGACAGAACUCUGAAAGCAAGGCAGAAGUUUCCGGAAAUAACAAAAAGACCAGCAAAGCAAGUAAACUGAAGAAGUCAAAGCCUGAGAGCACAGAGUUAUCAACCAUGGACCUCAUAGUCAAGGAGAAAACUGCCAAGGCAGCUAAAGAGAAGCAGAAAACCGCAAAGGACAAGCCACAGGAAAAGAAGAAAAAGAAACGAAAGAGAAGGCCUAAAGCAUCUAGUUCGAGCUCAUCGUCGUCAUCAUCCUCUUCCUCAUCAUCUUCAAGUUCAUCACGUAGCAGCAGUUCAGGCACUAGCGGUAGCUCAAGCAGUUCAGGCAGUGGCUCAGACUCUGAGAGUUCCAGCAGUUCGUCUUCUUCCAGCUCUAGUUCAAGUAGCUCUAGCAGCUCAUCAUCUUCAUCCUCUUCUUCUUCUUCGGAGUGCCCUCAGAAACUGAAGAAAAAGAGGAAGAAACUGAAGCUGAAGUCCAAGAUGCUUAAGGAAAAAAUGGCUAGAAUGGCAAAGAAGGCACAUACUGCCAAGACUGUGCAAGCAUGUGCCACCAUGCUCGCACAAACUUCUGGCAUUGAUAGCAUACUGACCAUAGGCAAGCAAACAACCCAGACCACUGAACAUUCAGGCAGUACAUUCCACAUUGGGAGUGUGUCGCAUUCUGCACGCACAGCUGAAGACUCAAAACCACCACAAGAGCUUGUCCAGGAAAUUACUGCUUCAAGAGGUUCCAUCGAGCAAGUUAUCGUGAAGGAGGCAUCAAAACUUGACAAAGAUUUAAAUUUGCAAAUGACCUUUGACCUUGAGCCAGUUGAACCUGCAUAUGGUGCACAAACAAGCAAGCAAGCUUCGGAUAAACUGCAACACAGCCACAAUGUUAAAGGUUUGGAAGAACUGUCCUCGAAGAAUGUCGCUGAUGUCCCCUGUGAACCAAAAGAUAAAUGUUUGAAAAUUGAGACGACCACUCCUGAUGCAGAUAAAGCACAUAGUGAUGCUGCAGGUGCUCCCAGCAAGACUACAGAGCACUCUAAAAGUGGACAUAAAAAUAAAGUUGAUGACAAUGAAGUGAAGAAGCCUGAUCUUGCUGCUGCUAAAGUUAUUACAAGUGGCCAAGCCAAGGGAGCUUCUGAACCUUCAGCCAAGAAAACUGUUGAGGUGCCUUCGAGCAAGAGUCCCUGCAAUGUCAUUGUCGAGCACCAUAGUAGUGCCGAGCGCCGUAGCAGUGCCGAGCGCCGUAGCAGUGCCGAGCGCCGUAGCAGUGCCGAGCGCCGUAGCAGUGCCGAGCGCCGUAGCAGUGCCGAGUGCCAUAGCAGUGCCGAGCACCGUAGCAUUGCCAAGCACUGUAGCAGUGCCGAGCGCCGUAGCAGUGCUGAACGCCGUAGCAGUGCUGAGCACAGCGAUACAAAAAAAGACAAAAAGGACUGCCCACCAAGCAGUCACCAGCCUACUGGUGAUGACAAAGGAACUGAGAAACUUGACAGUAGGAGAAGUAAGGAGCUUAAAAGGAAGAGUGAGCCAUCUCCAAGCAAUGAGCCUGCAUGUAAGAAAAGAACUGAGCAGGAUGCAACCAAAGCAAACAAGGUUGAUGUCAGAGGAACCAGUCAUCGAUUGCCGAAGUCUGAUACCACUACUGCAGAGCACAAGAAGUCUGUUGCAAAGCAGGAGAAAACCAAAAAGGAAAGAACAAAAAAGGAAGAUCAGGAAGGAGCAAAAAAGGCUAAGGAAGAGGCCAUUUUGGACCCAAAAGAGAGGGAGAGACUUAAAGGUGAAGCUUUAGAAAAAGCACGGAAAGAAGGCAGCGACUGCAUUAAAGUGAAAACAGCCGAUCGAAAGAAAGAAAUCAACUGGCCUAUGACUCUUAUUAGAUAUACUAACAGCAAACCAUUUAUUUCAUAUGGCUGCAACCCCAUCUAUGGCAAGAUCAGUGUAGCAUUUGUAAAAAAGGAGAAGAGGCCUUCUGUAACUAGUAGUUCUGAGGAAAAAAAAGAAAAGAAAGACAUUCGCGAAGUGCCAAAACAUUCUGCAAAAAAGGAUGGCCAUAGUAGAGCACACAAGUCAAAAAAGGACAUACCGCUGGAUGCUUCAGAUAUAAACGAAGUGGCAUCACCUUCUAGGGAAGCAGUAAAGGAAUCGGAUGCCGCUGACCUUGUGUCUCCUGACCUCAAUGCUAUGUCGGGACUUCAGGCUUUGCAGUGCCUGUAUGAUAACAUGGACAGUCCAGAGGUGCCAGCAAAGGAUCUGGAUUCUGAAAAUGAAGCAAGUCACCUCAAGGCUGAUCAGGAGGAUGUGCCUGAAGAAUCUGCAUUCAGCGAUCAGCAGGCAAACAAAGAAGUGGAUGCAGCCAGGCACUGCAGUGUUGAAAUCGCACUACCCAGUUCAGAAGCUCUUAGUGCAACACGGCACUCAAAAGGUACUCUGCUGAGAACCCCAGAGCAUGAACCACCAAAAGCGGAGAUGGAGGUGUCGUCAAAGUCACCACAUGCUGUACCAGAAAAGGCAGAAUCAUUGCCAGACAAAACAGAAUUGACAGCUGAACCUGAAACGACAGUAGAAAUUGCAGAACAAGAAGCUGAUGAGAAAUAUAAACUGGAGAAUGAAGGAAAAAACAGUAGCGCGAAAAAACGAGUCAUUUGUGAACUAACUCAUCCAAGAAAAUGUUUUAUGGAGGAUGAAGUUCUGCACUCUGGUCAGGAAGAGGUCCGGCUGCCAGAGAUGGAGAAAGAAGGGAGUGUGCUUUCACCUAAUGCCAUGGAUGUUUCUGAUGAUAUGGUUGACAUACUCUUAAAUAACGAGACUUCUCUGGAAGAAACUCGUUUCUUGGAGUACAGUUCACGUAUCAAAAUCGAGAGCAUAACAGACAUUGAAAGCGCUCAUGUGGAAACUGUAGAAAGUGUAGUUGAGAAAAGUGAACUACAGAUGGAAAGAUCUACGAACACCAUAGCUGAGAAAAGUGAACAACAGUUGGAAAGUGCCAUGAAAACUGUAGCUGAGAAAAGUGAACGACAGGCAGAAGGAGCCAUGAAAACCAUAGCUGAGAAAAGUGAACGACAGGCAGAAAGAGCCAUGAAAACCAUAGCUGAGAAAAGUGAACGACAGGCAGAAAGAGCCAUGAAAACCAUAGCUGAGAAAACGAAACGACAGGCAGAAAGAGCCAUGAAAACCAUAGCUGAGAAAACUGAACGACAGGCAGAAAGAGCCAUGAAAACCGUAGCUGAGAAAAGUGAACGACAGGCAGAAAGAGCCAUGAAAACCGUAGCUGAGAAAAGUGAACUGCAGGUGGAGAGAGCCAUGAAAACUGUAGUUGAGAAAAGUGAACAACAGGCAGAAAGAGCCAUGAAAACCGUAGCUGAGAAAAGUGAACUACAGGUGGAGAGAGCCACAAGAACCGUAGCUGAGAAAAGUGGACAGGCAGAAAGAGCCAUGAAAACCGUAGCUGAGAAAAGUGAACUACAGGUGGAAAGAGCCACAAAAUCUGUAGCUAAGAAUAGUGAACCACAGGCGGAAAGCACCAUAAAAGCAGAAGAGCGAAAGGAAGAUGUAGCUGUGGCAGUAGCCAGCCCUAGCAUGGCUGCUUUGCCAGUGGAAUUAGUGUGCACGGAAACAAGUCAGAUGAUACCACUUGGAGCUGACAAGGACCUGACUUCUGAAUAUGAAAAGUUCAUGGAACAGCUGAACCUCGGAAGUUGCAUUGAAGUGGAGGUAGCACAGGAAGUUGAAGUGCCUAGUGAAGAUGCUCUUGAGCCUGAGCAAGCUCCAGAUGUCAUCAGUGCGGCAUCAGCUGAAGGCAAGAACGAAGUGGAUCCUGUGUUCACUGUCCCAACGCAGACUUCACUGGUAGCUUCGCUGCCAAAUGAUUUAUCUGAAGUGCCUGUUGAAGACAUUGGGGCCCUUGAGGUGGCUUGUGAGAGUGAAGUCAGCAGCUCUCCAUUUUUACCAUCUGUGCCACCACCUCCGGCACCUGUACCUGCACCUAGUCCAGCCAUUGCAUCUGCCCUUGGUGCAAUCAAUUACCUUUCCUCUGUUGGUUCUACUAGUGCAGACAGCCAAGCAUCCUGUGUUGCUCCCAUUGGGUCCAUGGUUCCUGCUGGAAUUCCCAUUGCUUCGCCAUUGCCGUUGUCAGCUCCUGCCUCGCAUACUACAGCUGUAUCAGCAGUUCCUGACAAAGCUCCAAUUCCUGUCCCUGUACCGGCAGCUCCUGUUGCUAUGCCAGCCCCUGUGUCCUUAAUAACAUCUCUUCAGUCCUCUGUGCCACUUGCUGGUUCCAGUCCACAGCUAAUGUCAUCUGCUCUUGCAGCUAUAAGUGCACCUCUGCCUGUUUCAAGUUCAUCUGCCUCCUCAGAUUCUUCUAAAAGUACUGUGCAUACAAUUUGUUCAACGAGUGACGUUUCUCUUUCACCGAGCCAACCUUCUUCAUCCAAGAGGUUGCACAGGAAAAGGCACAGUGACAUUGCCAGAAUGUCUACUAGUGCUGAGGACAUUGCCCCAUCUCCUCCUAAAAAGAAAGGUUCAAAACACAGCUCACAUAAAUCUGCAUCCCAAAAGCCAGAACUUCCUGCCCCGCCAGAAGUUUCCAGUAGCAAGAGUAUGUCACGGCCUAUCAUCAUCAAAGUUCAGGCGAAUUCUGAACCAAGAAUGCAGUCAGCUGCUCCUCAGAUCUUGCAGACAGAAAAUGUAGAUGGCUUGGAAUGUUUGCCUGUUGAGCAAUCGGCACUAGAGGUCUGUGCUGAGGUAGAAGUUGGAAGUGAUGUCUGCACAGAGGAGCAGGUGAAGUUUCCAUCGUCAGAUGACAUGUUUGUAACCAUCGUGGACACUGAAGAUAUAUGCCUCGCUGCUGUUGAGGAAGUGGCAUGUUCAUCAUCGGAUGACCUCGGCAGCAGCUUGGCAGUGCCUGCAGAACAACCCGAAGAGAAAGAAAGCUCCCCACCACCGCCUCCUCCACCGCCUCGUUACUUGCGGCUCAAGCCACGCAAAGGCUCAUCAUCAUCAUCUGUUAGUUCAUCCAGCUCUGUAGAAGAAGUGCCACCGCCGCCGCCACCGCCUCCACGGCCACCUGUUCGUUGCUUGGUGCUCCCUCCCCCACCUGCAGGUAUUCUCUUGCCAGCCGGCAGGGGCACCCUCUCAAGUGAGCCGAAGAAGUCCGUUACUUUUGCUGAUGGCAUUCCGCCAGGCAAAGAACCACCAUCAAGUGGGGGUGCCCCUUCACCGCCACCUCCUCCACCACCGCCACCUCGUGAGCGCAAACACCGCACAAAGGUCAAGGUUAUCAUACCAUCAUCUGUAGCAGACUCCCUGCCACCACCCCCACCUCCCCCAAAACGACCACCACCACCACCGGCUGCAACGGCACCUACUCUGGCCACUGCUUCGACAGCAGCUACAGCAGUGGCUGCGGCAGCAGCCCCUGCUCCCCCUGUUGCUGUGGAAACCGUGGCUGCUGCCUAUCCGCAGUACCAGGUGCAUAUGCCCCAGCAGGCCUACCCUGCCACAGGAUACACUGUCCCAUACAAUAGCUACCCAGCAGCAGGCUAUGCAUACACAGCCGCAACACAUUUGGGGCAGACGGUAGCUUACACCUACGCACCUGGCCAGGCGGCUCACCAAGCCAUGCCCAUACAGCAGGUGCCUCCUCAGCAGCACCUUUACACCAAUGCUACUGCUGCUUCUUAUGUGUACCACCCACACCAAAUUGUACAGGCUGGUCCAGCUGUGAUGCAGCCUCCACAGCAGCUGCAGCAAGCACACCUUCCACCACCACCGCCACCACUUGUGGGGCAGCUACCUCCCAGGCCACCCACAUAGCACUCGAGUGCCCUUCAGGACAUUGUGCACAGCAGUGAUUACUUUCCAAGAAAGAUACUUUGUGUUGUGGCAUUAGGUGGCACAAAACAGGACCUUCAGAGGAGCGAAGGCUCUAUUGUGGGCUCAAGUCAUGGGUGCUUGCCAUUUUCUUGGAUCAUGUGUAGCUCUGUGAGUCAAGAGCUCUAAACAUAUUUGUUGCGUCGUCUUCACAGUGAAUGUUUUACUUGAGGCUGGUAUUCCAGCUUUGAUUUGGAACAAGGUGCAUGUCACUUAGCUUUUGUUUACAGUGUACACCAUGAACAUACUGCAUUGAACAUCGUUAUAAAUUGUGUAAAUAUGCUUUUUGUUAUUCGUAGAAUAAAUGAAGUAUUCUUGUGGAAUAA